UUUUUGGGGCUUUUUUGGGCUUUUUUUUUUUUUUUUUUUUUUUUUUUUUUGCUUUUUUUUUUCUUCUCUCGUCCUGACCAGAAGUUAUAGCAAGGCUAAUUAAGUUGCUCUUAGUUGAGAAGUGAAUCCACUUGCCGUGGACGGCGCAAGGCGGUCAUGGAUACCCAUAUAAGAUGGAAAGAUAAACGGAGAAUAAGGGACGCCCAGAUCACUUUAGCGGUGAUUCUGCUUUUUGUCACGUCGCGUGCAAGUUCAGCGGAACCAGCAGACCUCUUGAAGAUUUUAGAUUUUCACAAUUUACCUGAGGGUGUUACAAAAACAACGGGUUUCUGCUCACAUCGGAGGUCGACACAAGGACCCGAUGUGGCGUACAAAGUAUCCAAAGAUGCCCAGCUCAGUGCCCCCACCAAACAGCUUUACCCAGGUGAUGCCUUCCCUGAGGAUUUCUCCAUCUUGGCCACAGUAAAACCCAAGAAGGGCAGCCAGUCCUUCCUGCUGUCAGUGUACAAUGAGCAGGGCAUCCAGCAGCUCGGACUGGAAGUGGGCCGAUCCCCCGUAUUCCUCUACGAGGACCAAACAGGCAAACCCAGCCCAGAGGACUACCCGCUCUUCAGAGGAGUCAACCUGGCUGACGGAAAGUGGCAUAGAGUGGCAAUCAGCGUGCACCAACAGACCAUCACCCUCAUUCUGGACUGUAAAAAGAAGAUCAACCAGAAGCUGCUUCGAAGCCCCAACCCCAUCAUUGAUACCAAAGGAAUUAUAGUGUUUGGAACUAGAAUACUUGAUGAAGAAGUCUUCGAGGGAGACAUCCAGCAGCUAAUGAUUGUAGCAGACCACCGGGCUGCCUAUGACUACUGUGAGCACUACAGCCCCGAUUGUGAAGUGCCAGUGCCCGACCGGCCGCAGAACCAGGACCCCAACACGGAGGACGAUGUCGCAGAGGAGGACAACUACUACUAUGAAUAUCCCUAUUAUGAUGACCUUGAAGGCAAGCCAUUCGAUUCAACUUCCGAAACAGAGACGACCAUUAAAGAAGUCAAGGGGACGGACGGAGGCAGUGUGGUGUCCACAGUGGAGAAAGUCGUCAGGGGCGGUUCGGGCUCCACGUCCGUUUCCACCAGCUCGACUUCCUCCAGCUCAUCAUCCAGCAGCUCAUCGGCCGGCGCCGGAGGGGAAGACGCCUACGGGGACGUGAACAACGCUUACGACUACGAUGGCUACGGCGAUACCAACUACUACUACGGCGAGUCCACCGCCACGCCUGACGGCGACACGUCUCAGCGCGUCACCGUCACCAGCAUCGGCACCGGCAGUGAAUUGGACCUCGGAGCAGUCGGAAGGAUCGAUCUGGAAGGUGGGGCCGGAGUGGACAGGAAGGUGAUCACCAGUGGAGGUGGAACUACAAUAACAGUCACCCGCAAUGUGUCGGGCGGAACAUCCUACAGCGACUACGGCAAUGGCUACGACUACGGCGUCGACAGCUACUACACAGAGGGAGACGUCGGAGGCAGCAGCAGUACAGUUGUCAUCGGUGGUGGAGGAGGAAGCAGCAGCAGUAGCACAGUUCUGGGUGGAGGCAGCCAUGGCAGCAGCAGUACAGUUGUAGUCGGUGGUGGUGGAGGCAGCAGCAGUACAGUUGUAGUCGGUGGUGGUGGAGGAGGCAGCAGCAGCAGCUCUACAAUCACCAUUGGGAGCGGGUCAGCUGGAGGAGGAUCCGUGUCUGUCAGUGGCGGUUCCGUAUCCGUGGGAGGAUCUUCUACCUCCGGCGGAGGCUCGGCAUCUGCCGGCGCCGGAACUGGCGGGGCCGCUGGGACUGACCUGACCAUCGACGGAGUCGAUGACUACACGGAUCUUGACAAGUUCAAAGAGGAGGACAUCGUCGACUACGGAGAUUUAGACAACUACGACGUCUAUGGAGACUACACUGACAAAACACUGCCUGCAGAGACCACCGACUACUUCGGCCAGGUUGACGGAGCUCGUGGUGAGAAAGGACAGAAGGGAGAACCUGCUGUUAUUGAGCCUGGUAUGCUAAUGGAGGGUCCGCCUGGGCCUGAGGGGCCAACAGGUCUCCCUGGACCCACAGGAUCUUCUGGCCCACCAGGCAGUCCUGGAGAUCCUGGAGAGAGGGGUCCUCCGGGUCGCCCUGGCCUUCCUGGUGCUGAUGGUCUGCCAGGACCCCCUGGAACUGUCCUGAUGCUGCCUUUCAGAUUAAGCGCUGGAGGGGACUCUGGGCAGAAGGGACCAGCUGUUUCAGCACAGGAGGCCCAGAUGCAAGCCAUCAUGCAGCAGGCCAGGCUGGCGAUGCGCGGUCCGACAGGUCCAAUGGGUUUGACUGGCCGACCUGGCCCUCUGGGUCCACCCGGUGUACCAGGACUGAAGGGAGAAUCUGGAGAGGCGGGACCUCAGGGGCCGCGUGGACCGUUGGGAUCAGCUGGACCCCCUGGAAAGCCUGGCAGACGGGGCCGUUCUGGAGCAGAUGGCGCCAGAGGAAUGCCAGGACAGACUGGGCCGAAGGGAGACAGAGGCUUUGACGGCCUAGCUGGACUUCCUGGCGAAAAGGGACACAGAGGAGAACCAGGCCCCUCAGGACCUCCCGGUGCUCCUGGCGAAGAUGGAGAGAGGGGGGAUGAUGGAGAGAUCGGACCCAGGGGACUUCCUGGUGAACCAGGACCUCGUGGUUUGCUGGGACCAAAGGGACCUCAGGGACCUCCUGGACCACCUGGAGUUGCUGGAAUGGAUGGCCACCCUGGACCCAAAGGAAAUAUAGGACCUCAGGGAGAGCCAGGCCCCCCCGGACAGCAAGGCAACCCCGGUGCUCAGGGACUCCCAGGGCCGCAAGGAGCAAUUGGACCUCCAGGAGAGAAGGGUCCAACUGGAAAGCCCGGAUUGCCGGGAAUGCCGGGAGCUGAUGGCCCUCCGGGUCACCCUGGCAAAGAGGGCCCGACUGGGGAGAAAGGACACAUGGGCCCUGCCGGACCUCAAGGCCCCAUUGGUUAUCCAGGACCUCGAGGUGUAAAGGGAGCUGAUGGCGUCCGAGGCCUCAAGGGAACCAAGGGUGAAAAGGGGGAGGACGGCUUCCCUGGCUUCAAGGGAGACAUGGGCAUAAAGGGCGACAGGGGAGAACUUGGACCGGCGGGACCCAGAGGAGAGGACGGCCCAGAAGGGCCAAAGGGUCGCUCAGGGCUCCCUGGAGAUCCUGGUCCUCUCGGCCCCUCUGGUGAGAAGGGUAAACUCGGAGUUCCCGGAUUGCCAGGCUACCCAGGAAGACAAGGACCAAAGGGAUCUCAGGGCUUCCAAGGCUUCCCGGGCGCCAACGGAGAGAAAGGCUCCCGGGGCACAGGAGGAAAGCCAGGCCCACGCGGACAGAGAGGACCAACGGGGCCGCGAGGAGAGAGAGGGCCGAGGGGACCGACGGGGAAAGCUGGACCAAAAGGUAACUCAGGAAAUGACGGCCCACCAGGACCUCCUGGAGAAAGGGGUUUGCCAGGGCCUCAGGGACCAACAGGUUUUCCAGGACCAAAGGGCCCUCCUGGACCCCCAGGGAAAGACGGACUGCCUGGACAUCCUGGACAGAGAGGAGAGACUGGAUUCCAAGGCAAGACAGGCCCUCCUGGUCCUCCAGGUGUGGUUGGACCUCAGGGACCAACAGGUGAGACUGGACCAAUGGGAGAUCGAGGUCAUCCGGGACCCCCAGGUCCACCUGGUGAGCACGGUCUGCCCGGAGCUGCAGGGAAAGAAGGAGCUAAGGGUGACCUCGGUCCUGCGGGCCCAACUGGUAAAGACGGCCCUCCCGGACAAAGAGGCUUCCCUGGAGAGAGAGGUCUGCCAGGCCCUGUGGGGGCUCAUGGUCUGAAAGGGAAUGAGGGUCCUCAAGGCCCACCUGGACCUGCUGGUUCUCCUGGCGAGCGGGGUCCGGCCGGCCCAGCCGGACCUACAGGCCCGCCUGGACGUUCUGGCCCACAGGGACCACCAGGCCCUGCUGGAGAGAAAGGUGGACCGGGAGAAAAAGGUCCUCAGGGCCCAGCCGGAAGAGACGGUAUUCAGGGACCUGUGGGACUACCAGGACCUGGAGGGCCACCGGGGCCACCCGGAGAGGAUGGAGACAAGGGUGAGAUUGGAGAACCAGGACAGAAAGGAAGUAAAGGUGACAAAGGAGAACAUGGUCCUCCAGGUCCUACGGGCCCUCAAGGCCCUGUCGGAGCACCAGGUCCUGCUGGUGCAGAUGGAGAGCCAGGACCCAGAGGUCAGCAGGGUAUGUUCGGCCAGAAGGGAGAUGAAGGGUCGAGAGGUUUCCCAGGACCUCCAGGCCCAGUUGGGCUGCAGGGCUUGCCUGGUCCACCUGGUGAGAAAGGUGAAACGGGAGACGUCGGUCAAAUGGGUCCACCCGGUCCUCCCGGUCCCAGGGGUCCUUCAGGUGCCCCUGGAGCCGACGGUCCUCAGGGACCCCCUGGUGGUGUUGGAAACCCUGGUGCUGUUGGAGAAAAGGGAGAUGCCGGCGAGACGGGAGAGCCAGGUCUUCAGGGGGAAGUUGGUCCGCCGGGUCCAAGAGGAGAGCGUGGAGAGAAGGGAGAGGCCGGUCCAGCUGGUGCUGCGGGACCUCCUGGCCCUAAAGGUCCACCUGGAGAUGAUGGCCCUAAGGGCAGCCCUGGUCCGAGUGGCUUCCCUGGAGACCCUGGACCACCUGGAGAGCCCGGUCCAGCUGGAUUAGAUGGCCCAGCUGGUGAUAAGGGAGACGACGGAGAGGCCGGUCAACCUGGUUCACCUGGACCCACCGGAGAGUCUGGUCCUUCUGGACCACCCGGAAAGAGAGGGCCUCCUGGAGCACCGGGGCCUGAGGGAAGACAAGGAGAGAAAGGAGCCAAGGGAGAGCCAGGCAUUGAAGGUCCCCAAGGAAAAACAGGCCCUGUGGGCCCUCAAGGAUCACCUGGAAAGCCCGGUUCUGAAGGACUCAGGGGCAUCCCCGGCGCGGUUGGCGAGCAAGGACUGCCUGGCUCUCCAGGCCCAGACGGACCUCCUGGACCUAUGGGCCCUCCUGGUUUGCCUGGUUUGAAAGGAGACACUGGUGUUAAAGGAGAGAAAGGCCAUCCGGGUCUCAUUGGUCUGAUUGGACCCCCAGGUGAACAGGGCGAAAAGGGUGACAGAGGUCUUCCCGGCCCUCCAGGAUCGUCCGGUCCCAAAGGAGACAACGGUAUCGCUGGUCCUACAGGUCCCCUCGGUCCAGUUGGACCUCCCGGCUUACCUGGUCCACCAGGUCCCAAAGGAGCCAAAGGGUCGUCUGGUCAAACAGGUCCAAAAGGAGAGACAGGAACCCCUGGUCCUCCUGGCCCACCUGGCCCUCCCGGUGACGUCAUCCACCCGCUCCCCAUCGUCAAUCCCAUUAAGGGCAGAACACGUAGGAACAUCGACGCCAGCCAGAUGGUGGACGAUGCCGCCAUGGACGCCAACUACAAGGACUACGACGACGGCAUGGAGGAGAUCUUCGGGUCGCUCAACUCGCUGAAGCUGGAGAUCGAGCAGAUGAAGCAUCCGCUGGGCACGCAGAACAACCCGGCUCGCACCUGCAAGGAUCUGCAGCUGUGCCACCCUGAUUUCCCCGAUGGUGAAUACUGGAUUGAUCCAAACCAGGGCUGCUCGCGGGACUCCUUCAAGGUCUACUGCAACUUCACAGCAGGUGGAGAGAGUUGUAUCUUCCCGGAUAAGAAGUCUGAAGGGAGCAAAAUGGCAAAAUGGCCCAAAGACUCGCCAGGCACUUGGUAUAGUCACUACAAGAGAGGUUCGCUGCUGUCCUACGUGGACGCCGAGGGCAACCCCAUUGGCGUCGUCCAGAUGACCUUCCUGCGGCUCCUGAGCGCGGCGGCCCGGCAGAACAUGACGUACAACUGCUACCACUCGGUGGCGUGGCACGACCAGGAGCAGGACAACUACGACAAGGCCAUCCGCUUCCUGGGAUCCAACGAUGAGGAGAUGUCGUACGACAACAACCCCUACAUCCGCGCCGUGGUCGAUGGCUGCGCGCUGAAAAAGAGCUACGAAAAGACAGUACUCGAGAUCAACACUCCGAAGGUGGAGCAGGUGCCUUUUGUGGACAUCAUGUUCAACGAUUUCGGCGGCUCUACGCAGAAGUUCGGAUUCGAAGUGGGGCCCGUGUGCUUCAUCGGCUGAGACCUUUUACCGAGCAAAUGGAGGAAGAAGAAAGAAAAAAAAAAGAAAAACCUACUUUUGUUUUCUCAGAAAGAAAAAAAAAA